AUGGGUACCACUAGCAUGCACCAAAGUGGUAGUAGUGGGGCGCCUACCUCUGUACUUCUUGCGGAGUUCAAUGCAGGCCGCACUCAACUGCUGCACGAGUUGGUCUGCAUCUCCUCUAUCAUCUGCGUGGUGGUACAAAUCGUCAACCACCUCAAGCCGGAGAUGCGGGGAAUCUUUGGCAAUCUCUGGACUGGGAAGGAAUUCCUCCGCGAUUUGGGAGAGCUUUACCACGAAGUCUUGUGGGAGGCAACGAUCCUCCUCUCUUCCAUCUGUGACGAGCAAGAGCAAUCCUCUUCCAUCACCACUACCACCUCCGCAACGACUGUCAGUAAAACCACGAAUACCGCCACCACUGGUAAUACUGGAACUUCCGGCAGCAGUAGUGGCUGCGGAGAUGUCUGUGGCGCCCUCCCUGAUCCCGUAGAGAAGAGCCUCUUCCCACCUUUUGUCGAGACACUAAGUAUCUUCAAGAUCAUCUCUCCACUCCGUAACAACUCAGAAACCCCAAGCGACGCACAUCACGUCCUCUACGUAUCCUCCUUCAUUAUCAACUCGGUAAACGAGUUGUGUACCACCCUGACCCGCUUCUGCCUCCUGUUUCCCCAGACCCCACGUCGUUUCAUUAUGCAGUUCUCCAAUCCCCCACCCCAGGACGCCCUAACCGCAUCUGCACGGUCAGCCAUAUUGGGGCACGUCGCCCUCUUCAUGGCGGACAGGCUGCUCUGGCAACCACCCACACCACCACCGCCACUCAGGAUGGUCGAUGCGUUACGCUACUCGGCCUUCCAGCUGAUCCAUCUCUUUCUCUUUGGGACCUCCACUAAUCGUAUGCCAAGCGUAAUAAUGCUAAAGACCUUCUCUAUGCUCGGUGGCAUUGGCUUCCUCUUUGAAUCUUUCAACGACUUCGUUGCUAAUGCAAUGGCGCUUCCAUCGGAUAAGAAAAUCGUGGGAAAGGUGAUUGAGGGUUGGCUUGCCUGUGCCGACCGUCUUACUGACGUCUCCACACUAAAAACUGAGGUUCAACGUGUCAGCGAAACCGACUUCAUUGGAUUCGACUUGGAUAAGUACUCCAACUACCUGCAUCGUCGCAUUCUUGAACCCCUCUGUCUUAUCUGUCAGCCCGGUUUUAUUGAAUAUCUAACAAACAAGGGUGUGGAGCACCUUUUGAGCAUCCUCAAGAACGUCGUGCCUGCCAUUUUUGCUCCUGCCUCGGAGGUUGCAUCAUCUCUCGUUAGCAGUGAUCAAAGCCGUACUCAAUUUUCUACUCCAACUACUUCAACUGGAGAGGGACGAGAGGAGCAGACAGGAGUGGAUACAACAGAGAUGGACACCAUUAGUGACAUUCUCUCUCCCUCCUCCAUCGGGGUCCUUGAGGAGUUGGGCUUUACCAUGGCCGAUUUUCUGAAUGCCUUCGGGAUGGAAAGCACGAUGAAUCAGAUUCGUGAUUUACUCAACAAGCGACCAUCUGCGAAGCUGCAUCCACCUCUUUCAUUCGAGGCAUCACGACAGUGGAGUGUAUUUCUCAAGGAAAAACUCUUCAACGCUUGCCUCCAAAUUGCCAAACUGCAUGACGGAGAUGAGGUGCUGCAACAGAUCGCCGAUGUGUUGCUCUCUAACAAGGACGAGUCGCACUGCGUUUUUGAGUUGGUUCGCAUCAUUACCGACGAUGCAGCCGACCAUAUUUACGCCGCUGCCCCUCUUAUACCUCCUAAAUAUCCCUCCACAGAUGUUGAGGUAGCGAUGCACCUUCUUGCUCUCUUUUUCACCCGUUGUCGCUUUGUCUGCGUCCGUGCAUUCAAUCGCCAUCGUCUGCCCAAUCUCCUCUGCCACCUCCUCACUGGGAGUCUCUGGCCUUCCGUUUCCUCCCCUUCUCGUCGAUCCAAACUCCUCACUCUUGCCGCCCUCCUGCUCGAACAAUACAUACACAUGACCGCGGCUCUACGUCUGCGUCAGCGUCACAUCAGGCUCUACGCUGAUCGCCACAGCUGGGCCUGGUUUGACCAUAUUGCAAAACAAUGGCAUGCUUAUUGCCCCGAGGAAUUCCGUCUUGCUGACCGAGCCUUUCACGACGGUGUCUAUCGCUUCACUUAUGAAGACAGGAAGACCAAUGUGGUUGAAUUCUACCCAUUAUUGUUGUCUUCCAACGAAAGAACUAGCACACGUCCCAUCGCCCUCAUGCCCAAACUACCGUCUUUCAACACAGAAUCGGAGGUACCGUCAGUUUCGGAGGUUCAACCUAACCUCACGGAUUACGAGCGUGAUAUUCUACGUGACGAAAAGGAAGUACCGUUGGAACCUCUUUCCUCCACCCAGAGAUGCGAUCUUUGCCUAGCUCUGAUUGAACAAUUUAAAGAUGGUGAACUAGACGCCAGAUGUACUGACGCCUUUCUGCGUCUCUUGCUGCGUCUUUCCGCUAGCAGUUUUGACGACGUGGAUACCCUUCUGGGUGGUGAUGUUCUCUGCAUUCUUUUCAAUUUCCCCCACGAGGCGAGGAUCGCUUUGCAGUAUUCCGCUUUUGUGGGACACCUAAUCAGACAACUUUUUGACGAUAAAGCAUCGCUGACCGCGAAUAUGCGGCAGGUCAUUGGACAGUUCUUCCGUGGCGGGUCACCUCUGCUGCAGUGGUGUUAUCGUGACCUCUUUUACACCCUCUCCGUUCUCAUCCCUCUGAUGGCAAAGAACGAAGAGGUCGCUAUGAGUCUCUUUAAGGAGCUCUCCGUAAUCGAUAUCACUGAAGAGAGCUUAAAAGACGGCAUUCCACCAAAAGCUUUCUUGCUGUCAUUGGAUCCGGCGGUGGAUGAUCCCAAGGCCUUUCCUGUGGAACUGACCGACCGACAGAAGUGCAUUAUCACCAUCCUCAUUAAUCAUAUUGUUCAGGACUCAGGAUGUUUGGACACCUCUGGAGAAGAUUCGGCGUCGACUGCAACAAACGGUGUGAACGUUGAUAUAAAGAGUGAUGUUCCUCCCGUGAAGUCUUCUUCGACACGUACUCGUCUAGCCAAAUCGGAUUAUCUGCGAUAUCUCAAUGAUCUAGUAAUGGCCUCUCGGGGCGUGGUGGAAUUCGUUGCCAAGUUCAACGUCACAGAUCACCAAACUUUCCUCAACUAUCUUCUCAACCAAGAAUUCCGUGAUUCUUUAAGCAUGGACCUGACGAUUCUCUUACUGGAGACUAUUCUCUUUUCUUCCAGUUCCGCUACGCAAAACGCGAUCAUUGUUGAAUUUAAGACCUCGCUGAAAUACCUCCUUGCCUCAGGCUCCUCUGUCCACACAAAUCUCUCCAUCUCUACCUCAAGUAGUGACGGUUUUGGCAAAAAUCAGCGGAUCAUUUCCCACAUGCGUUUCCUCGAAUACAUUCUCGCUCUUCCCUAUCCCCUUCAAGGCACUAUCAUUCGCCAUCUUUACAAACGUCAGAUUCCCGCUGAUGUGGCCAAGUUGAUCGCCAUGGUGCACUGUAAUGUAAGCAACAGUGCUGCCGCGCUGAAUGUGGUGGUGAAGGUCCUGGACGACCUCUCUAAUCUUGAUCGACAGAUCCUGCGUCGCAUUACCCAGCUGGAACAACAGUCGAAGCGCGUCUCUGCCCCGGUGGCGGAAAACCAUGUAUCCGUAGUAACCACAGUUUCGGACUCUAUGAUGCACACUGCAGCCGAGACCACUCAACCUGUGGCUUCGGCUCUCGCCCCAUCCAUCGUCGGGAUCGGUGACUCUGUUCAUUCUGCCCCAGCUGCUGCAAUGGCAACAGCAACGCCAGCUGGAAGUAGGCAACAGCAGCGGCAACCAGCUACACCGAAUCGGCAACAUGUUACGGAGGAGGGUGAUACGUGGGCAUUGGCAGAAGACGCCAGUGAAAUGGAGGAUACCACCGUGGAGGACAGUAACGCCAUUCUCAUUCUUGAUGAAGUAGUCGUCGAUCCUAGAACUGGAGGCGGUAGUGGCGGAGCUGGUAGCAGAAGUAAUGGUGAAGAUGAAGACAACACCGACGAUGCUCGACGAAUUGACGACUCUUAUGUUGAAGAAGGUGAAGACGGAGAUAGCUAUCAUGAUCUUGAAGACGGUGAGGGUGAUGAAGAUGAUGAGGAUGAUGGGGAGGAUGGAGAAGAAGAGGACGAUGACGAAGAUGACGGAGGAGAUGAUGCUGAUACGACAGAUGAAAUUGACGAAGAGGAUGAGAGAGGUCCUUUUGGUGAUCACUCCAUGGAUCAAGAGGUGGACGUUGACGAUCUGGUUGAAGCGCAAUCCACUGACAACGGCUCCUCUAAUCAGCACAACAAUAUGAUGAUCACUUUGGUAAAUGAGGUGUUCAAUGCCGUCGACAGUACAAUUGAUAGUAUUGGCGGUGGUGUCGGUGUUGGUGGAGGUAUCAGAGGCUCACAGAACCACCGACGCUUGGGUGGUGAUAUCGAACGCGGUCUGAUACUCCAUUUCACUUCAUUUGGUGGAAAUGAUGGUGUUACUAACUGGGGUUCGAGUACCCACCAUCCCAUUGUCAGUGGUGACAGGUUGUAUGACCUCUCCACUGGCUCUCGCACUAACAUUGACUUCCCUCCUCCACAGCAUGGAUCAAUUUUUCUGAAUGAUUCCCAUGUUGUUGGUGGAAGCAGCGGCGGUGGUAGCGUCAGUGGUCUUAACCACGCCAUUCGACAUCCUAUUAUAUCCCUUCCUUCGCAAAAUCCUUUCAUUCAAGUCUCUGAAGGUUCGGCUUCUGCGGGGUUGCGUUCUGUUAGUGGUGGAGUGAACGAUAACACCACGACCAUUAGCCUUCGUUCUCUUCGAGCCCACCCAUCUUCCCGACGUGAUUCCAAUGCUAUCUCCUCAGCUGUUCUCACCUUCUAUCCGCAAAGCCAUCGCAGUGGCGGCGGUGGCGGUUACGCCCGCAUCACUGGUAAUCAGACCACAACACCCAUCCUCGUUCGCACCAAUCUUGGAUCGUCAGUUCAACCAUCGACCUACCUUCAAGCAGCACAGUCUUCUCUCUUAGGUGGACAAGGAUCGAUGCAAUACAACGCGUUCGUCUAUGACAACCCCAACAGCAUGCGUUCAAACAGACGUCGUACCACACCACAGGCCACCGCCUCCGGUCUCUCCCAGCGACGUCCUGCUGAGCUGUCGGAAUUGGAGGGAGAUAAAUUGAUUUGGGAAAUGCUAACGGACUUCUGGGAAUUCCAGUGCUGCACUGUGACUGAGAGUCUAAGGCUGGCUGGCUGCAGCUUCGGUGUUACUACUGGUGUCACUGCCCCGCCCAGCUUAUUCUUCAAUACGCUUAAUACCUACCGUCAUUUUGUUGAGCUGGCGCUCAUUCUGUGUGGUCAGGAGAUCAUGGACAUGAUAAUGAUCGCGAGGCAUGAGGUUGGUGUGGUGGCAGUACGACGGAGAAAUGAAGAAUACGCUCAUCGUCUAGCAGAAUACAGACAGGAGAUGGCGCAACGGCACCAACAGGAACAGACGCGGACGGAAGCUUCGGGUAGCGAUCACGGCGCUGCUGUAGUCGACGAGUUCGUCGAAAGCGCGUCUUCGCCGUUGGAUCGGCCUGGUACCACUCCCAGACCUGAUGUCAUCGACUCUGAUAUCGACUCGAUUCACGAUGAGGGUGAAUCUGCACCGCUCUUCCCUGCUCUUCUGAACUCUCCAAACUCCCCGUCCAACCGACGAGCUACUGACGAAGGCGAGGCAACAACAGCUGUGGUAACGGAAUCAUUCACUUCUACAAGCGCAACAACUUCGGCUGUUGAAAUUGUUGAACCGCCGGCUUCGUCGACGUCUGUUGUAUCAGCUCCUGAAGCUCAAGCACAAGAAUCAACGCCACAGCUCCCUCAGAUCCGAGUUCCAGUCACGGACGAGGAGAUUAUUGCCUCCAUGGUGUCUGAGGGCAUGGAUCCUUCCUUCCUGGAUGCUCUACCUGAGGAAAUGCGACGUGAGCUGAUGACGGAACAUCAGCGCACCGUUAGACUUCGCUCUCAACUCUCCUCUAUGCAAAACACCGUGCCGGAUCACGUAGACGAGGCCUUUUUGACCAGUCUUCCACCCAACAUUCAAGAGGAAGUACUGGCUCAAGUUCGACAGACUGCCGUAGCUUCGGGUGCAGAAGCAGGCACACCAGUAGUAGCAGCUAAUGGCUCAACUGCUCAGGCGGAUGGAAGCAACAACAACAACUCCUCCUUCCUCGCCUCCCUGCCACCUGCUUUGAGGCGCGAAAUCCUUACUGACAUGGAGGACUUCCAGAUAGAUCUUCUACCCACGGAAAUGCAACAUGAGGCACGCCGACUACGUCGUCAUAUGGUGGAACAAACCGCCAGACAGGAAAGUCGUUCACAAAACCAUCGCAGCCAGAACCAAAUUCGUUCUCUCCCUAGUCGUAUUUUCCCAGCAUUCUUCGGUCCCGUUACCACUCCUGACUCUAGCGAAGCGCAGUGGCGAGUGAAUCGAAACAUUCAGGCGCGUGGCGGAAGCAAUUUGAGUCCCGCCUCAACAUUAUUCGGUCUUCAAAGUCUUUUCACUUCUACUCACACGCCACGUGGUCAAGGUGGGUCAAGGUCCCUCCUGGAUCACGAAGGACUAACCUGUAUCAUCGCACUCAUCAUCACCUGCUCCACAUCGCCUUCGCUGCGACGUAACACCUUCCCGACGAUCAAGCGCUUGUUACAAAACCUCUGCUUCCAUCAACCCACUCGUAUUUGGCUCAUUUCCACUCUAGUGCAGAUUUUGAAACAACUCUCGGAGGCACCACUUUCCCUCUCUGCUUCCGCUAUGGCACCUUCCAGCGCUAACUCCAUCUUUGGAGCGGGUUUUGAGGCUGCGUUGGGUUGUUGGGUGAGGAAUCUGCAGCCCUUGGCCAACGGGCUCUUUGUGGUGCAUCCACAGGCUGCCAACUACGUCUGUUUCAUUGUGUUGGAUGUUCUCGCGGAUUUGGCGCAGUCCUCUGCCACUCAGUUCUUCCCUCUCACCCUGGACUCCUCUGUCAUCUCGGCGGGUGACUACGAGCCUGCUGACAUAAGGACAGAUUUCUGGGAGGUCCUUACUCGCCUCUGUCGUGGCAUUGGGCCCAGUAGUAGCAGUAGCCCACGCAAAUCCCUCUCCAUCAGUCCUGCACGACUUCGUUCCACGGCAACGGCCGCACCGAAUCGCAGUCGUGGAAGUGAUUCAAUGGAUAUUACCACACCUCCAGUUGACUACUUUUCACAUCUGGUUGUCGUGGGUUCCCGAGACCUGGGUGCCUUUUCUCCAGACGAAACAGCGGUCGGGACGCAGCCUUCGACUGCCGCCUCCGCCAGUGCCGCUGCAGAGCCAGGCAGCUCAUCAACAACUGCCACGAGCCUCAUCGCUCCGCUCAGCCCCUCAGUGAUUCAGAGUCUUUGUGACUUCGUCAUGGCGCGCAAUUCUACCGAGCAAUCUCGAACCCUAGCAACCUGGCUCAUUAUCCUCAUGUCACGUGCCAACAGCAGCACGAGAGAACGCUUCUUCCAAGUCCUUGCUAUCGGAGCCGGUGAACUGGCACAAGUUAUUGAAGGACAACUCUCCGCUGUUAUCGAUGAAAUCAAUCAGCUCUCUCCAGACUCUAGGCGUCGUCGUCAUCAACGUGGAAUAGGCGGCAACAGCGCUGGAGGUGGUGGGAGUGGCGACGGACCCUCUACCAGUUCUGGAUCUGGUCUCCAGCAUUCCGCGUCCAUGACUCGCCUUCCUGACAGGUUCGGUACGCCCGGUACCUCCGUGUUUUCGGUGGAGGCGCUGUCUUCUCUUUGGAGACGUCUCAGUAUGACACUUGACUGCCUCGAGGAAACUAGCGACGCCAACACUGUUCUCCUUUUCCAACCCCUCGUGGAGUGUUUGUGUCUAGCUCACGCUAGUCCCUCGCAAACCACUUGCGUGAAUGCUUUCCACUCUCCUUUCUCCGGACUACUUCGUCGUGGAGUUAUUGGUGGGGGACUUGCUUCCUGGACAGGUAUCGAUCUGCCCAUCAGCCUGAACAGCGGCUUUUCUACGGAGGAUCAAAAUAUCAUCCUCUUUGACGGCUUCCCGGAGAUUCCCUCCACCGCGGAGACUGUCGCAGCAGCCAGUCCUCAGAUCGAUCUCACGCGUCCAAUGUCACCACCGGAUUGGACCAUGACGGACACUACGGAGAGUGCUGAAAAGGCGUCCACCUCAUGGGACGUGAACUCCCUCUCCUCUAACACCAAUCUAAUUGCGUGGUUUGCGGAGAAACAUCGAGUUGGUUUGAACCACAUUCUGCGUCACUACGUGGGCAAUAUCAGUGAGUCCGCGUUCACAGUGUUUCUGAGCCAGCCCAAGUGCCUAGACUUUGAUGUCAAGCGGCGCUUCUUCCGCCAACGCUUCCAGUCCCUGCGUGCAAGGUCGCCGCAACCGAGGUCAGAGGAAGAACCUUUGGUGGUUUCACGAGAACGCAUCUUUGAGGACACCUUCACUCGCCUGCAUUCUAGAGGUGCCGAUGUGUGGAAACACAAGUUCGUUAUUCGCUUCCAAAAUCUGGAAAGUGAAGACUACGACUUCUAUAAGGGUUUAGAAUACCUCCUCACGCAUCAUGUCUCCGAGCUGAACUAUGAGAUUACCUUCUGCACCGAGAUCAAUGAGUUUGGCAAGAAUGAGACUCGCGAUCUGGUCGAGAACGGACGCAACAUUGUGGUGACCGAGGCCAAUAAACACGAAUACGUGCGUCUGGUGUGUCAGGAGCGCAUGACCGGUGCGAUUCGGCAGCAGUUGGGCGCCUUCCUGGAGGGCUUUUAUAGCAUCAUUCCAAAGAGCCUUAUUAACAUCUUCAACGAGCAAGAGUUGGAGUUGCUUAUCUCGGGUCUGCCCAACAUCGAUAUCGAUGACCUACGCGCGAAUACCACCUAUUCAAAGUACCAGCCCACCUCGCCACAGGUGGAGUGGUUCUGGCAGGCCCUCGAGUCCUUCGAUCAAGAGGAUCGGGCGCGAUUCCUACAGUUCCUCACAGGCACUAGUCGGGUGCCUUUGGGUGGCUUCGCCAAUCUUGAAGGCAUGCAUGGACCCACGAAAUUCCAGAUCUGUCGGGCUGCUGUCUCCAGCACUAACCAUCUUCCUUCUGCACACACUUGGUCUUAUUUGCCCACAGUCUUCCAAGUCCGUUGGUACGAUGGCAAUAAACCAUAUUCCCCCGCGACCUUUCAUAUCAGCAUGAAAGUAGCCACAAUGAUGGCCUAUGGAAGGACGACAAUGCCAUCGGCAUUGUUGAAGGCGCAAACCGACAAGGAGGGGCCUAAUCCCCUUCUUUCCAAUUGA